AUGAUGUCGGCGGGCCCUGCGCCCGGCGGAGGCGUGACGCCGCUGCCGCCGCGCUACCGCUUCAGGGACCUCAUCCUGGGAGACUUCGCCUACGGAGACGACGGCACCAGGGUGCGAGUGGAGUUCUACGUGAACGAGAAUACGCUGAAGGAGAGGCUACACCUGUACUUCAUCAAGAACCAGCGAUCGAGUCUCCGCAUUCGCGUGAUUCGGCUGGUGGUGAAGAUCGUGGCCUGCCUGCUGUACGUGGGCCGCGUGGCCCUGGAUAGAGGGCCCCAAUUCGCCACCUGUUACCAGUGCCCACUGGCGUCGCACAACCAGUCCAGGUUCACGGACGAGGCCGUCAGGAACGGUGCCAUUAACUGGGAAGCCAUAUUUUGGGUUGAGAGGCCUUUCCUUCUCUGGUGCAUUCAGACCACCCUGGCCAUUAUUAGCUUUUCUGAGGCCUGCCUUGUCGUAUAUCUUACCUACAAGGGAAACAUUUGGAGGCAGCUUCUUUCUUUCCGAUUUCUGCUAGAAGUUGUCAACAAUGUGCCGUUCAUAGUUACCAUAUUUUAUGCACCUUUACGAAAUGUCUUUGUACCAGUGUUUCUUAACUGUUGGCUUGCCAAGUUUGUACUGGAAAACAUGUUUAACGAUUUGCACAGGGCGCUACAAAAGUCGCAGUCAGCCCUUUCUCAACGCUUGCUCAUCCUCACAGCAACGUUGCUUUGCCUCAUUUUUACGAGUGUGUGCGGGUUCCAGCACUUUCAGCGUGCGGGCGUGGAGCACGUGGACCUGUUCGAGAGCUUCUAUUUCGUGGUGGUGACACUGUCGACCGUCGGCUACGGCGACUUCAAGCCGGACGUCUGGCCGUCGCAGCUCUUCAUGGUCGGCAUGAUUUGUGCCGCCCUCAUCGUGCUGCCCACACAGUUUGAGCAGCUUGCCUACACUUGGAUGGAGCGGCAGAAGUUGGGCGGCACGUACAGCAUGCACCGGGCGCAGAGCGAGAGGCACGUCGUGGUCUGCUCGACCACGCUACGGGCGGACACCGUCAUGGACUUCCUCAACGAGUUCUACGCCCAUCCCCUGCUUCAGGACUACUACGUGGUGCUGUUGUCGCCCUGCGAAGUGGACGCCACGAUGAAGAUGAUCCUGCAGAUUCCCAUGUGGGCCCAGAGGGUGAUCUACAUCCAGGGAUCGGCGCUCAAGGACACCGACCUCACCAGAGCCAGGAUGAAUGCUGCAGAGGCCUGUUUUAUGUUGGCUGCCAGAAACUACGCUGAUUUAGCAGCUGCCGACGAGCACACUAUUCUUCGUUCUUGGGCUGUGCGCGACUUCGCUCCAAAUGUUCCCCAGUACAUUCAAAUAUUCCGUCCCGAAAACAAAGUGCACGUGGCCUUCGCAGAACAUGUGGUAUGUGAGGAUGAAUUCAAGUAUGCCCUUCUAGCCAACAACUGCCUCUGUCCCGGUGCGUCUACCUUGGUCACGCUUUUGCUUCAUACCUCAAGAGGACAGGAGGGCCAGACGUCGGCCGAAGAGUGGCACCGCCUGUACGGCAAGUGCUCCGGCAAUGAGAUCUACCAUAUCCGCCUCGGGGACAGCCGCUUCUUCGGCGAGUACGAGGGCAAGAGCUUCACCUACGCCUCCUUCCACUCGCACAGAAAAUACGGGGUGGCCCUAGUGGGCGUGCAGACGGACGUGCACGGCCAGUGGCCCGUGCUGCUCAACCCGGGUCCGGCGUACAUCAUGAAGUCGUCGGACAUCUGCUUCUACAUGAACAUCACCAAGGAGGAGAACAGCGCCUUCCUGCCGGCCGCCGGAGACGAAGUCAAGCCGCUCGACGGCUCCGACAAGACCGGCGACAUCAAGGGCCGAGUCGACAGCACCAAGUCCCGGUUCGAGUUCCGGGGGCGCAAGCAGCACCUGGACGUGCCCCGUCCCGAGGAGACCCGGGGUCGUAGGCCCAGCAUCGCGCCGGUGCCCGACCUGGGCCACAACGAGGACGCCCAGCUGGACAGCGAGGACGACGCCCUGGGAAUAGAGGAGGAGAAGUACCUCGAGAACUCCUGGAACACGCCCGCCGAGGAGUCCGAGAUUGUAAAGGGGUUUCCUCCCGUGACGCCUUACAUUGGAGUGAGCCCCAAGCUAUGCUACCUUCUGAGAGACAAGAAACCGCUCUGUUGCAUGCAGCUUGCUCAGCAAUGCGACCACUGCGAGUUCCACAACGCCAAGCAGUACAACUGGCCGAAUCGGUGCGUCAUCCUGGCGGCCGACUUCGCCAGCAAGGGCAUCUACAACUUCAUAGUGCCUCUCCGGGCGCACUUCCACAGCCCCACCAGCCUCAGACCCAUCGUGCUUCUGCUGGAACGGAGACCCCAUGCUGCCUUCCUUGAUGCCAUCUCCUGUUUUCCUUUGGUCUACUGGAUGCAGGGCUCCAUAGACGACCUGGACGACCUGCUGCGAGCGGGCAUCAACUUGGCAGACAGCGUAGUGGUCGUCAACAAGGAGUCCUCCAACUCUGCCGAGGAAGACUACCUCGCAGACUGCAACACCAUCGUUGCAGUACAGACCAUGUUCAAAUUCUUCCCGAGCGUGCGCAUCAUCACGGAGCUGGGCCAGAGCAGCAACAUGCGCUUCAUGCAGUUCCGGGCCUUCGACACGUACGCUCUCCACCUUUCCAAGAUGGAGAAGAGGGAAAGGGACCGCGGUUCCCACAUUUCCUACAUGUUCCGCCUCCCGUUUGCGGCCGGCAACGUUUUCAGCGCUAGUAUGCUGGACACGCUGCUUUACCAGGCCUUCGUUAAAGAUUACGUGAUCACCUUCGUACGCCUUUUGCUGGGGGUCGAUCAAGCACCCGGAUCGGGCUUUCUGUCGUCGAUGCGAAUUACGAAGGAAGACCUCUGGAUCCGAACAUACGGACGGCUUUAUCAAAAGCUUUGCUCGACCACGUGCGAGAUUCCAAUCGGCAUCUACAGGACACAAAACACAACCAACCCUGAAGGAUCCGCAGUGUCACUCGACCUGCUCGACGACAAGGCCAGCUUCAACGAGAACAUCGAGCGCCAAGAGAUCAGCACGCUCGUGCGCACCCGGAUGCAGGACCUGGGCCUGCCGGUCCAGGACUACGAUGAAGUCUCAGACAAACGGCACAGCCUGUCAUAUGUGAUCAUCAACCCUAACUGUGAUUUACCACUCGAGGAGGGCGAUAUCAUAUUCCUGAUUCGACCCAGCCCAAUCUCGAGCAAGCGCAUCUUUCUGAAGCACGGCUCCGUGCGCAUCAAGUCUCCCCGGCCCAGUCGCCGAGAGAACAGUCGUGAUGGAGGUGGCGCCGCUGCUGCUAGUGCUCGUAGCCGCGCAUCUAAGACGUCGUCGUUCAGGCUCAACUUCUCGUCGCACAAGUCAGAGUCAGUGCCGCUGCAGGAAAAUGGCGGCCUCACACCGCCGCAUCAGCAACGGAUACAACGCCAGGAGCAGGAUACCUCACUCCAGUCCGAAUGCAGCGUCCACGUGACAGCCGCGACACCCUCAGCGACGAGCCAUGGGACGAUUGUAUGACGCCAGCUGAGGUUUCCUCUGGCGUGGAGGGCGCGCCAUGGGGUGAACUGACCUCUUCCGACCCUCGUCGCACAGACGGAACACGCCCAGAUGACCCUCGGCCUACGAGCCCUAACGCACGUUUCCGCAAGAACUAACUGGAGCUGCAUCGGUGCCUAGGGAACCUGCUCCGAUGACUCAAGCAAAGGCAAUUCCGGUAGCUCGUGUAUCGACAACAUGCUGCAGCGUCGCCUUGAAGUUGGUGCUUUGUGAAGGAGGCGUGUACGCUCGUUACUAAUUCAGCUCGUUCUGCUGUCCAGAUAUCGUGCACGAAGCAGCUUACUUUCGCAGCUCUUGCCGAAUGAACCUUGUGGUCUGAUGCUGGUAAAUAUCAAGGUUCUCACUUGGAGACUGAGGACCGCUUAGUUUGUUUUCGGCAAGGACACCAUGACGUGUCCCCGUCAAACGCAAAGCGGCGCUGUUUCUGCAGUUAAAAUCUCUUUUCGUGUUUGUGUUGGCGCUUUCGAGGAAAGAGCUUCGGUUUUAAUUAGGCGAUACGGUAGUUGUGUGGGUGUAUGGUGCACGUGGGUCGUUGCUCCCAAGAAGUGGGGUGCAUGUGAUACCAAUUCAGGGAGCCUCGAGGACUCCGGAAAUGUUGCGGAGAGUUUAUGUAAAUAUGGCGCAGGGGGUGCGUCCACCAAGUGGCGCGUGCGCUCGAGAACGUAAUCCCAGACUCCCCAAUUGUUAACUAGGAAUGAUACUCGACACUUUGUACACUUGUUACGAGCUGAGAGGGACGAUUCUUGUCGAUAUGGAUGGCCCCGGUCCCUUCUUGUUUCGCGCUGAUGUUGAUUUUUUCGGCCUUCCAGUGUUCUGUAAUAUAUCCUCAGAAGGCGUUUUCCUACUUUACAGUGUUUGCUCUAGUCAUUUUGUGAUCUCUGCCAAAUGUACAACACAAUCUAUUGUUCACUCGGAGCGGGUUUAAACGACUGACGGCCGUUCAAACACUUUAGAGCCUUUCCACAUCAACAAGCGACCGACACUACCCCGUCAACUUUUGGAGUAUACGAUGACCACGGUUUCUGCAGGUUGUGCAUGCUUGGGGGGAGGGAGAGGACAGGGGGGGGGGGGGGGGGGGGGGGGCUGAUUUCAGAAACUGCCACACCAGUAGCAACCCCGAGUUUUGUGAUCUCUCUGACAUCUUCGAUAGUACACAAUCUUCGUUCCGUCAACCUGUGUUCGUGAUGGUUGUCUACGGAGGGUGUCGCCAGUGGUGCGUCGAGUGUUGCGCUUUGUAAGUACUCAGCACGCGUUUUUGGUGAGCUUUAGGGCUCGCAUAAGCUAUUUUAUUCUUAAAUGAAGAUCUCUCUGCUCUCUCUUUGCAUCUUGCUAGUCUGUUUUAUGAGAGUGUAAGAGUCAGGGUUGUUAUUUUAUGAAAUACUCUUAAUCAACUCGGGUGACAUCUGUCAGCGUGUCAUCAGCACUAACACAACAUGAGGGAAUGGGAGCGCGAAGGGGGCUUUUCAUUUGCAAGCAUUGAGGAAAUUGUGGCUCCCACCUCUCGUACGAAAGACGUUUUGAAGACUACGCUUUGCGUUGGUGGAGAAAGGGAACUACCCUUUGUUUUUUUGUUAUUGUGUAAGUGUCCGCCGUGCAUUCCUUGCGCUUUGCCUGACCAAAGCGUUUUCAUCGCGCAUUAGAAAUUAGAAUACACUUUUUUUAUUACAAGUGAAAAAAAAAAUAAUAGUAGUUCAGUAUCGAGACGACUAUUGAAAAAGUACAGUUGUAAAUCAUUCGUUUGAAGUGAAACAAAUCUGCUUUCGCAGGUUACUUCAACCAUUAUCGAUAUUGCAAUGGCUCAAUUAUUUUAUUUUUGUCAUACAUACGAGCUUUGCUAUACAUUUUGUCAUAUCUGAAACCUAACGCAUUAUUAUUGCUGGAAUGAGUACUCGUUCAGUUCCAGAAGCUGAAGAGUCUUGUUUUAGUUUUCUAAAUGAGAGAUUUGAGAAAAAAAGGAGGUACUGACGCAGAGAUUUCUCUAAUGUAUGAUCGUUUUCUUCCGUUCCGAAAACUGCUUUUAAAUAACUUAAAAUGCUAGACGCUUCUAUAUUCUUCACAUAGCUGCCAUUAGAAAACCAGCCGAUGUGUGUUCCAUCGUCACAAACAAAUCUUAUGUAGCCUUCCGAAGAAAAAAAAAGGACUAAACCACACGGAAAACGUCUUUGUACAGCUAUUCGCACUUUCCAGCGACGCAGUUCCCUUCUCGCGGAUUUCAAGUCAACUGCUCAGGAGGGCCCAUUCCAUAAGCGUUGUAUUCAAAUGGAUUUGUUGUUGUUGAUGUUGUUGUUAUGUUUCUUUUUGUUGUUGUUGCUUUUGUUUUUUUAGAAAAGGGGGGGGGGGGUUGUUUGCUGACGUUUUAGGCAGAAGUACUGAGGUAGUGUAAGUUAUUACCCGUCUGGAUGUCUGAACCACGAAGUCGUCAUUAUAGCAAAUUCGCGCUCGGUUCCCAAAAGCCAGUUACGCGGGAACGGGGCAAAACGCCACUGGAAUGUGUGAGGAUCUGUGAAAAGCGAGGAUCCGGACUGUCAAACUGUUUGACCUAGCCUCAAACUCCGCUUAAGGUUUAAAACAAAACGUAUUACUUUUUUUUCUUCUUCUUCUUUUGUAUAGAACUUGCAACAGCACCCCGUAUCACAACCUAAACAUGCUGGAAAUACCGAAAUGCUCAGAAUGGUUUAUCUCUGGGAUAUGACGUCUGCCUUUUUCGCUCAUAAAAAGGUUAGCCCAAUACGUCCCUUGAAGGUGCGAAUAUGCUGACGGACGAGGUAUGUUUUCUUCGCGACUAGUCUUGUGUGACUGUAACCACCGACUCGCUUUUAAAUGCUCGAAAACAACCGGCUGGACGCUGUUGUUUCUACCCGUUAGCGUUGUGGUAAGCUUGUGUGAGUGGACCAAACAUUAUGUCUCAGCAGUAUCGCAGAGACGACAUGGAACAGUUCGGUGACGUCCUCCUUUGUCGGACUUUCGAGUGCAGAGCUGACGAGAACGACUCGUUCACCGACUGUACCAUGCACAGCAGCUUUUUGCGGGUACAUUUUCCACCAGCCAUGUAUAUUUACCACGUGCUUAAAGGUACUAUUUUUGACUAUAUUGUUGUAUUACGCUAGAAAGUUCUGUACGUAAAAAAAAAGGCAAGCAAAAUUGUCAUAUCAUGCAGUGCCCUUGUACAUUUUCACGUGUAAAAUAAAACGUUUUGAUACAUCUUCAA